AUGGCCCCAACCCAGGUGAACCAACGCCAGUCGCUGCUCAAUCGACCACGUCUGAACAGCAGCACAAGUGAAGGUGAAAUCUCGGACGGAGGCUCUAGCAUACACAAAACCAGCUACAAAAGGCUAUCUUCACCGCUGGAAGCUGGAAACCACUCCGCCAUUCCCUCACAGCUACCCUUCGCCCCAAAAUUUUUAAGCCGCACCGCCCUGCAUGAAGGAGUGGUGAAACUAAGAUGCUAUGACGAAAAAACACUUACCUGGCUAAAGGGAAUCGUGCCUACGUUCAAGGCCCCAAGGGAAGGCUUUAACCUAACCCUGAUCAAACAACGGCAGCUCAGGCCAAACGUCAAAGCAGCACUCUACGUCCCUGAUUACCAAGGGGACACAGAUUUUCUCCACAAAAUUCUGAUGAUUAGAACCGUCGGAAAUAUACAGUUAGCUCCUGGUAGA